AUGAGUAGUAAUAAUGAAUCAAUAAAGAAUUGGGUAUCAGAUAAGAUUUUCGAUAUCUUGGGAUAUCGUGAAUCUACAAUGGUUGAUUAUAUAAUUGCAUUAUCGAAAAAAGCAAAAGAUGUAAAUUCAUUUAUAUCAACAUUAACAGAACAAGAUUUUCCAAUAAAUUCCAAUACAAAAUCAUUUGCUCAAGAGUUAUUAAAUAAAUCACAACAAAAAAUUCAAAAUAUAACUUCUUCAUCUUCUUCAUCUUCUUCAACUUCAUUAUCAUCAUCAUCAUCAUCAAAAGAUAAAGAAAAAGAAAAAAUUGAAUUUUUAAAAAAGAAUAAAUCAUAUAAAUUAGUUAUUGAUCAUGAUGAUGAUAUUGUAAAUAGUAGUGGAAGUAGCGAUAGUGAUAGCGAUAGUGAAAGAAAAAGAAAAAAAAAAGAAAAAAAAAAAGAAAAAAAAGAUAAAAAAGAUAAAAAAGAUAAAAAAUCAUCAACAAGAAAGAAAUCUGAUAAUAAUUGGGAUGAUGAAAUUGAACCUGAACCAAUUAAACCCAAUGAAAAAGAAGAUGAAAAUAAUAAUAAUGAAAAUAAUGAUAAUAAUAAUGACAAUAAUAAUUUACAAAAAAGGCAACCAUAUAAAUCAAUAAUUGAAGAAGAAAAUAAUAAUGAUAAUAAUAAUAAUAAUGGAGAGGAGGAUGAAUAUGAAAGAGAACAAAGAGAAGUUAAAGAAUUAAGUGAUAGAAUAAAGAAAAGAGAUGAAAAAUCAACUAAAAAGAAAAUAGUUGAUGAUUCAGAAACUAAAGAAUCAAUUGAAAGAAAGAAUAGAUUAGAACAAAAUGAACAAUUAGAAACUGAAAGAACUAAAUCUCGUAGAAAAUAUUUAGUUGGUGAAGAACAAAAACGAUUAAUCCUCUUAAAGAGAGAGAUUGAAGAAGAGUAUGAAUUAUUUAAAGAUCAAAAAUUAACAGAACAAGAGAUUAAAGAUUUUGAAAAAAAGAAAAAAUUAUAUGAAUUAGCAAGUCAACGUAUAAAUGAAUCACAACAAUCUGAUGACUAUUAUCAAUUACCUUCAGAAAUUAAAGAUAAAGAUUCAUUAUUAAAAUCAUCAUAUAUUAAUGAUAAUAAAAAUAAAAAAGGUAAUGACUCGUCAUCAUCGUCAUCAUACAAUCCAGAACAAAAAGAAUGGGAACAAAAUAGAAUGAAAUCAGCAAUUUCAGAGAAUAGAGGAUUAUCAACAGCCAAUAUUGGUGGUGGUAAUGAAGAGUAUGAAUAUGUAUUUGAGGAUCAAAUUGAAUUUAUUAAAGAGGAAGUAUUAAAGCAAGGACAGAAGGGUGAUGGUGUAAUGAUAUUGAAACCUGGUGAUGAUGGGUCAGCACAAGCAAAGAUGACAAUUCAAGAGGUUAGAAAAUCAUUACCAGUUUAUCCAUAUCGUGAACAAUUGAUUGAUGCAGUCAGGGAAUAUCAAGUUUUGAUUAUAGUUGGAGAGACAGGAUCUGGUAAAACCACACAAAUUCCACAAUAUUUACAUGAAGCUGGUUUUUCAAAAACUGGUAAAAUCGGAUGUACCCAACCAAGAAGAGUUGCUGCCAUGAGUGUUGCAGCUAGAGUAGCAGAAGAGGUGGGUUGCAAAUUAGGUAAUGAAGUUGGUUAUUCAAUUCGUUUCGAAGAUUGUACAUCACAGAAAACAGUUUUGCAAUAUAUGACCGAUGGUAUGUUGGUGAGGGAAUUCUUAACCGCACCUGAUUUGGCAAGUUACUCUGUAUUGAUCAUUGAUGAAGCCCAUGAGCGUACACUUCAUACUGAUAUUCUAUUUGGACUGUUGAAAGAUAUCACAAGAUUUAGACCCGAUCUCAAGUUGUUGAUCUCAUCUGCAACAAUGGAUGCUGAAAGAUUCUCUGAUUAUUUCGAUGGUGCGCCAACUUUUAAUAUUCCAGGAAGAAAAUAUGAAGUUACCACUCAUUACACUCAAGCACCCGAAGCCGAUUAUUUAGAUGCAGCGGUUGUAACAGUACUUCAAAUUCAUAUCACUGAACCUCUAGGUGACAUUUUAGUGUUUUUAACGGGUCAAGAAGAAGUUGAUCAAGCCGCUGAGAUGUUGCAAACUAGAACCAGAGGAUUGGGUACGAAAAUAAAGGAAUUAAUUAUCACUAGAAUCUAUUCAACACUUCCAACCGAUUUACAAGCUAAAAUCUUUGAACCAACACCACCAAAUGCAAGAAAAGUAGUAUUGGCAACCAAUAUCGCCGAGACUUCUUUGACAAUUGAUGGUAUUAUCUAUGUGAUUGAUCCAGGAUUUUGUAAACAGAAAAUGUUUAAUCCACGUACUGGUAUGGAAUCAUUGGUGAUUACACCAGUAAGUAGAGCAUCAGCCAAUCAAAGAAAAGGAAGAGCUGGUCGUGUUGCACCUGGUAAAUGUUUUAGAUUAUUCACUGCUUGGGCAUUUGAUAAUGAAUUAGAGGAGAAUACAAUUCCAGAGAUACAGCGAACAAAUUUAGGUAAUGUUGUAUUGCUGUUGAAAUCAAUGGGUAUCAAUGAUUUAAUGAAUUUCGAUUUCAUGGAUCCGCCACCUGCUCAAACUUUAAUCGCUGCAUUGGAACAACUUUAUGCAUUGGGUGCUUUGAAUGAUCGUGGUCAGUUGACAAAAUUGGGUAGAAAAAUGGCUGAAUUUCCAGUGGAUCCACAAUUAUCAAAAAUGAUCAUCGCAAGUGAAAAAUAUAAAUGUAGUGAAGAGAUUCUUACAAUUUGUGCAAUGUUAAGUGUUGGUAAUACCAUUUUCUACAGACCAAAGGAUAAAGCAUUUGCUGCUGAUGCCGCUAGGAAAUUGUUUUUCCAUCCACAAGGUGACCAUUUAACAUUGAUGAAUGUCUUCAAUCAAUGGCGUGAAUCAGGUUAUGCCGUUCAAUGGUGUUUUGAAAAUUUCAUUCAACAUCGUUCAAUGAAACGUGCUCAAGAUGUUAGGGAUCAAUUGGAGCUAUUAUUAGAACGUGUUGAAAUUCCAUUGGUUUCAAAUGUUGACGAUACAGAUUCCAUUAGAAAAUGUAUAGCCUCUGGUUUCUUUUAUAACUCUGCAAAAUUAGAGAAAUCAGGUUUAUUUAGAACUACAAAACAUAAUCAAAGUGUUCAAAUUCAUCCCUCUUCUUGUUUAUUUCAAUCACCUCCGAAAUGGGUUGUCUAUCAUGAAUUGGUUUUAACUACUAAAGAAUUUAUGAGACAAAUUGUUGAAAUUCAAUCUUCUUGGCUUCAUGAAAUUGCUCCUCAUAUUUAUAAAGAAAAAGAUGUAAAUGAUAAUCAAAAAUUACCAAAAAAUAUUGGUAAAAAACAAAUUAAUAAAUAA